AUGUUUAUCUCAGAUAUUGAUUCAAGACGAAAAUCCAUAUUAGAUCGCAUUAAUCGCACCUUCGCCGAACGGGAGCACAAUCAAAUCGCCAGUCACUGUGUCAAAAGAGAUAUUAACAUUUUAUUGUUGGGUCCCACGAACAGCGGUAAAACAACACUACAAAAUGUAUUGGGUGAUCCUCGGCAUCAACCAGCUGCUUUCAGUUUUAAAUAUGCUCAACCGAAAGAACCAAAUUUGACCGAAUACAAGUUAACUCGUUUUACAUUGCGCAUCAUUGAGAUUCCUGGUUGUAUGCUUAAGUACGAAAAUGAUUUAUGGGAAAUCAAUAUAAGAUGUUAUGAAAUGUUUAAAAUUACUGAUUUUCAUGCCGUCUUCUUCUGCAUUUCGAUGAGUCACGGCAUUAGCACCAAUGAGAUUAAUUUGUUCAGUCGCGUCACCGAUCAUUUGUUUGGUCACUGCAGAGCAAAUCAUUUGUGUCUUGUUAUUACACGAUGUGAAUCAAUGAGUGCCAACUCACGAAAUCGUGUGCUUGAAGAGAUAAAAAAUGAUAUUAAUCUUGAAGACGUGCGAUUAAAAGUUGGUAAACGCAUCUACUUUACUGGUGCUCUCGAUCCAGACCAUUUAAGUGAAGCUAAUGAAGAACCACUUUUGAAGCAGUUUGACACUGUAUAUGAAUACCGGAAAAUCCUACUUGACUUAAUCGAUGAGAAGUCUAAAGGAGAACAGUUUUCUAUACCAAAACCAUCGCCAACAUCGCCUACACCAGCAAUAUUACCAGAAACAAAACCAACUGAAAAACGUUCGAGGUAA